AUGCCCCGGAAAUCGGGUGGUGUUGCCUUUCCUGGCAAAGCGUCCCCGAAAACCAGUGGAUUUGUGAUCAUGGAUCUGAUUAUGGGGAAAUGUAACACUCGAAAUGUGUGUCGGGUGGACCGGCGAGAAAGGAGAAAACGGGUGUGUGCUGUUAAUGGAGUUGCGUACCAGCAUGCUUUGUGCUGUGUGUCUGUGACCUUCUACCCUUCCCCUUCAAUGAAGGAAAUAGGUUGUGGUGGACGCCCUAUGCGUAGCGCUUCACGGAUUGUUGGAGGAGUUAUGGCCCAGCCCGGUGCCUGGCCCUGGAUGGUCAGCAUACAGAUGCCAGAGUUCAUCGGGUAUAAACACUUUUGUGGAGGAACCCUAAUAACAGACCAAUGGGUUCUAACUGCCGCACAUUGCUUCAAGGAUCUGAGCUUUAUGUCCAAAUGGAGGCUUGUGAUAGGGGGUCACCAACUGUCACAACCUAGCAGCGAUGUCCAGAUAAGAUCUAUCAAGUCAUACAUCCUUCAUAAAAGAUAUUCCGAGCGAUUGAAAAUCAAUGACAUCGCUCUCAUAAAGCUCGAUUCGCCAGUGAAAUACAGUGGCUAUGUUCAACCUGCCUGUUUACCCAGCAGCACCAUGGACAUCCCUGACAUGACCUCAUGCUACGUAAGUGGCUGGGGUCUCAUGUCUGAGAAAGCUGCCAGAACAGCAGAUAUACUACAGGAAGCCAAAGUUUCACUGAUUGACAGAGAGACAUGUAACAGCCCAGGCUGGUACAAUGGCCGUGUCAAGAAGCAAAAUCUGUGUGCUGGACAUCGCAUGGGAGGAAUUGACACCUGCCAGGGAGACAGUGGAGGACCACUCAUGUGUUUGGAUAAAAAAACUUCCAAAUAUUACGUGGUUGGUGUCACAAGCUGGGGUUUUGGCUGCGCCCGAAAGCAGCAACCAGGUGUCUAUGCCAGUACCCAGCAUUUUCUGAAGUGGAUUUCUGCUAAAUUAUUAGGUUGCUCUUCUCAGCAGAGAAAACAACCAGCUUUUAGCACCACUUCUGCUACAGUGUCUUCGGGAUCUGAGCGUAAAUUGGAUGUCCUACCUUCAUCUCAGGUAGGCUCAACUCUGAGACUAUCUAUAAAGGACAACCCUUACGUGAGGAAGAUUCUGAAGAAGCUUAGCCUUGCCAAAUAG